ACUCAUGGCGCUCUGUAAUCAUUGAUGUGUAUGCAGUUCCCCGUUCAGGCAUGGAGUCGGAAGACUUAGUACGUCUGUACGAAAAUGUUUUAAAGCGAGAAAGGAGCAUUUUCAGAGUUAACGAAAAUAACAUCAGAACAGCCAUCCAGGAUAUGAAGGAUGUUUAUAUGCCUGAAGGAGAAUGGCAUUCCUCUACCGAUUUGACCAUUGCCAAUUAUGACAAUGCUGCGCACAGGUGUGCGUAUAUACACAAAUAUGCCUCUUGUCACACCGGCCUUCUCAUCGAAAUGUUACAAAGAGCUAUUGCAGACGAUCCUUCCGUAUUUCUUGAUCUUUUUGAUGGAACUUCUUUCCUCAAUCUCUGCUGUAUAGGAGGUGGCCCAGGAACAGAUAUAAUUGGUUUCUUGACUGUGUUCAGCUGGUACUUCGGGAAAUUUAAAUGUGAAGCUACUGUCUUAGACUACUCACUGGGGUGGAAAAAAACAUUUAAUUGUAUCGUAAAAGAACUUCGGAAUGGAAAGAGUUACGGCGAUCUCUCAUAUUCUGUCUUACCCGGCCGCUUUCACUAUGAUUACAUCGGCACAGAUUUACUCUCUUCUAUGACACCAGACGUUAAUAAAGCAAUUGGUUCUGCAGAUUUUCUGACCAUGAUUAAGUUCAUCUCUGCAGCUGCUCGGCAUGACACAAAUGUGAUGGUUAAGAAAAUCUUCAACAGUAUGAAACCAGGUGCAGUGUUGCUUUUUAUCGACAAUGCUGGUGGUGGUUUUCAUCAGCUGGUGAUGGAUGUGGCCCAAGGUUGCAAUCUGGAAACUGUUUUUGGUCCUUUUCGUCAUGAAUUGUACCAGAACGAUGUUUUUCGGGUGAAGCGGUUUGGCUAUAUGAGCCAAAGCGAAACAAAAGUUACCGUUCAUAUGUGGAGGAAAUUGCGAUCGGGGAAAAUAACCUUACGCAGCAACGUCAGAAAAGGAAUGGCCUCCAAUCGACCUGCACAACCAGACAGGCUAUUGUGGGGCGAUAUCUUAAAUACUGAAGCAGGCAUUUACUUUGCAGAUAGGCAAGAAUAUACAGAAGCGAGAAAUUCGUAUCGCUAUGUAAUGGAUGACAGCGAAAAUCUGGUGGAAGAUGAUUCUGAUGAAAACACCGACUGCUGCGUGAUAGCCUGAAUGAAUGAAGAAAUGUUAUCAUGAAUAAUACCUAUAAUUGUGCCACAAUCGACGAGGUAAAAAAGCAUACAUUUUUUGCAGUCCAUGUUAUGCUUCUGAUUAUUUGGGUGUAAGCACGUUUUCGUACGUGUGAAGGUAGUCAUGGGUAAAUUCUUCAUCUGCCGAUGAACGUAAUUAUUGAUAUCAUUUUUGUAUGUGUGAUUUAAACUGUAAGCAACGCGCAAAUUGUGAAUUAUAUUCCUUAAUGUUUUUGUAUAUGAAUAUAGCCGCAAUUUUUAAUUGAAUCGAUAAGAUUAUCACAUACUUAAAUGUAAUUAACAGCUUAAAUUUCAUUUGCUUAGUAACAUAAAAAUACACUAUUAAACAUUAAAAAAUUAUGAAUACUAACUCCCCCAAAACGGGAGUUAAUUCCAGAAAUUUGUACAACUUAUUUUAUUUUCUUUAUUUUAUACGUACAACGAUCCGAGGCACGUGUCAACCAAACUAAGAAACCUAAAGCUUUCUCAGGAUCUCAACAAAUCACAAAAGUAUGAGAAGACAGUUAUUGACGAGUGCAAAAAGAGUAAUUGGGAAAGCUUAUAUUUUUGUGGUGUUAAUUAAACUGAUAAUACUUAAUGCAUUUCAAGAGAAGAAAUGGCAGACUUUUUUAAUGUUAUAUCUCUAAGUACCAUAGACAUGUAAAAGAUACUACUAUCCCUACAUUUUUCAUAAUUUAUAUAGUAUAAGUGGAAACGAACAAGAAGAUAAAAUAAUUGUUUAAGUUACUGGAUUAUCUUUGUCUGAGCAGAAACAGUGAGAAAGCGAACAUUGUGAAAGAAAUUUUAUCUUAUGCAUACAUUAAAGAGAUUUUAAAGGAGGAAAACAACAACAAAAAAAAAAAAAAAAAAAAAAAACGUGCAUUAUUCUAGUAUUAAUGCUAAGUGUAUUUGUUUGAAAUGUGUUUAAAAAAAUUAUUCUAUCUAAUUAAUAAACAACAAAUUUUAUAAGGUA